AUGACCUUAAAAUGGACGGGGAGGAAAAGCUCGGGGGGUCGCGGGUCAGGGAAUGUGGAGAGACGUCGUCGCCUAUCCCGGUCCUGCUCCCGGGGCAGAAAGACUGCGGGUUCGGCCGCCUCGGCGCUCUGGUUCGUCAUGGAGUUCUGCGACGGCGGCACCAUGAACGAGUACCUGCUGGCGCGCGGCCCCGACGCCCGCCUCCACGGAAGCUUCAAUCGGCAGGCACCCACCGCACCGCGGCCCUGCGGGCUUUGGGAGCGUCAGGAUGCGGCGUAUCCCGGAGCACAGAGCUUGCGGGAAGUCCCUGAUGUGGGGUUCUCUGUGUUGCAGGUGGCGGAUUUUGGCCUCAGCAAGGUGUGCCAGGGCAAGGGCAACGUGAACCAGCACCGCUUCUCCUCCGCCUGCGGCUCCAACUUCUACAUGGCCCCGGAGGUGUGGGAGGGCCACUACACUGCCAAGGCCGAUAUAUUCGCCCUCGGCGUCAUUUUCUGGGCCAUGGCGGAGAGGAUCACCUUCCGGGACGGGGACACGGAGAAGGAAUUGCUCGGGACGUACGUGUGCCAAGGCCAGGAGCUCAUCCCCCUCGGCGAGGCGCUGCUGGAGAAUCCCAACCUGAAGCUGCAGAUCCCGCUGCGGAGCAAGAAGGCCCUUCCCGAGGACCUCUGCGAGCUGCUGCGCGACAUGCUGGCCCCCAACCCCCGGGAGCG